CUAACCUACCUCGCAAAGUUUGUGAUUCUAUCGAGCUAGGCCGUACAUAUUCAAGAACAUCUUUUCCCCAUUUGUUGUACUUAAAAGCACAAUUCGCUUCGGUUCUUGUGUGGCACACAAAAACAAGAUCAUUACUGCAUCCAACAAACUUCAAAGUGAGGCUUCGGAAAAGAAAGUAGUAUUGAUCAUGAUGCGAUGGAUAGAAGUUGGAACGCCUUAAGACCAUAUUCGAUCGAUGAAGAAAAGCAAAAGUGAACGCUAGCUAUAAAUACCCAUAUAUAUUGCGAGUAAAAUUUUCAAGGCAAAUUAAGCUUAGGGUUAAUUUGUUAUCUGAGUAAGAACGUAGCAGCUAGCUAGCCAUGUUUGCAUAUAACAGAAACCCCACCAUAACUUUCAACCCUACCACCUCCAAAUACUGUGUCAACUUUGCUGGGAGAACCAUUGAAACCACAGUCACAGACAGAGGCAACACUAUAGAUGAAUGGGUUCACGAAAUCCUUUCACUAUACGACGGAAGGCCUACUGCAGUUGGCUUAGACAUAGAAUGGAGGCCUCAUCAAAUCCAAUCGAUGAGCAACAAGUCUGCGACCCUUCAACUUUGCAUCGAUGAAAAGUGCCUCAUUGUCCAACUCUUCUACACGGACUACAUCCCGCAGUCCCUGAAGAGCUUUAUGAUGGACCCCAACUUCACUUUUGUUGGGAUUGAGGUGGGGGAUGACAUAGCCAAGCUCAAUGAUGAAUAUGGAAUAGAGAGUAACAGAAGCGCGGACAUCCGUGAGCUGGCAAAGAGACAAUGGCCAGGCCGGUUUCGUAGGCCUGGGUUGAAGGAUCUGGCUUUCGAAGUUUCGGGUCUUUCUAUGAAGAAGCCAAAGCAUGUGUGCAUGAGUAACUGGGAGGCAAGGGUGCUGAAUGAGAAUCAAGUUGAGUAUGCAUGCAUCGAUGCCUAUGCCUCUUAUAGGGUAGGCCAAAAGCUUCUCUUUGAAGUCUAAUUAAGGGAUAAUAUUUAGUAAGCUUUUGCAGAUGCUUGGUUUGGACAGAUCAGUCAGUUUUAUUUCUUUCAAUGGUUUUUCUUGUUGUUUUUGUCUUUAUUUUUUGUUUUUUUAUGUUUGGUGUCAGGGAUUUGCUCUAGCUUUCUUUACUUUUCGUUAAUGUUUAAUUAUGUUGUCUAAAGGUCCUUCCCUUGGCCUUUUUUUAAGUGUGAAACUUGUUGUAAUAUAA